AUGACCAUAAUAAAGAAUAGAGUGUGGUUAUUGAAGAACUCUAUUGUGAAAUGGGUUGGUCAAAAACGAUUUCGUAGGUUAUACUCGUCUGUAGAAAUUGAUGAGUCAAAAUAUAACAUAUCAUUAUACAAAAAACGCAAGUAUCCAGAAACUAUGUUUGUACAUAAUCAAGAUGUAGCCAGAGAUGCGGCUAAAGUAAUAUGCUCACAUCUGGAUAAGCAGCCUGAUAAACAAAAAACACUUACAUUAAUAGAGGCUAAUCCUGGUCCUUGUUUACUAACUAAUUACAUAAUGAAAGAUACAAAUUAUAAUAUGAUUCUGUAUGAAAAUGAUUGUGAAAUAUUCAGAGAAUUUUUAACAGACUUAAAACACAAGUACCAUAGCAGAAUUCAUUUAAGUCAAGGAAAUUUACUUUUACUUUGGAAAAUUGGAUUUCAAGAUCGAAUGGAUCAGGGAGAUAGGGUUUCAAAAUUCUUAUCUAGUAUUUUACCACAUUCAAAGCCAUGGAAUUAUAAAGAUCCAUCAGUUAGAAUUAUUGCCGGAUUGCCAAAUAGGAAAUUUCUUAAUUAUAUGGUUUAUAGUUUUACAUUUCAAACUGGCUUAAUGACCUACGGCAGACCCGAAUUUUAUUUUUUUUUACCACCAUCAUUAUUUACGAGAUAUUCUAGUGAACCACUAACAGGUGCCAAAUACUACAAGACUCAAACUAUUUUGUUUCAAACUUUUUUUGAAAUUGAAUUUUUAAAAAAUUACCCAAGAAGUGCUUUUUUACCACCAAAAUCAAUUAGAUCAACAAAUAAAAAAAUACGUUUUAAAGAAUUAAAAGAAGCAGAUGAAAAAUCAAUUUCUCUAAUUCGAGUGGUAGGACGCAGAGAUAUUUUUGAUGAAAAAGGUUUAACUCAAGAUUUAUUGAAGCCUUACUGGUAUUUUGUCAAGCAUCAUACUUUGAGUCGUAAAAACUUUGUGAUACCCCUGUUAGAACAGUGGAUACCUGGAUGUGGACCUCAUUUUUUUGCUCUUGGACAUACAAUAUUCACCCAGUUUGGUGAUCUAACACCUGAUCAAUUCUUAAAAGUGUUUUUAACUUUUACUCGCUUGCCACAAUUUAGAGAAUCACCCUUUUUAAGUUCAAUGGAAAUGAGAAUUUCAAAAAUUGAUCCAUAUUAUUCAUCAAAUGUUAUUAAUAGUUCAAAUAGUUUUCCAGAAGAUAAAACAGCAUCUGAGGAAUUAGAAGACAUAAUUGAGAAAGAUGAGGAUUAAUUACUGUAUUUGAUAUUAAAAAAUUUAUAGUUUAAUUGUUAAAUAAAAUGAUUAUUUGGUAUGUA